CUGCCCUCCGGGCACACACACAGUUAAUCCUCGCGGCUGCUGUUUGGAUAAAAUGCGCUGGGAGCGUUCGCGGCUCCGCGGCCACUCACAUCUGGCCGGGGUUUGCUCUUGACGCGUCUGUCCUGCUUGCUUCAGCUCUUCCUCUACUUUCGAGAAACCGCGUUUCCGCUUCUGGUCAAAGAGACCUUGGAGCAGGGGAGAUCCAGGUGCCGGCGGCAAGGGCCGGCUGUUGCCCCCGCCCACGCCCCCCCUUUCUGAGCUCUUCCCUUCUGCCUGCUCUCCGGCGGCGGCCCGUCUGGUCGUCCCCCGACCUGGCCGGGACGAGGCUGCCCCGCUGGGAGAUGCUGUAAGAGAGGCUGUGGGAGGACGCGGGCGCCCCGCUCCUGGACGCUGGUGGCUGGAGCAGGGCUCGCCAGGAAGAUGGGCUCCCGUGGGCUGGGACUCACGCUGACAUGCUGUCUGCUGCUGGCCUUCGCCGGCGGCCCGGUGCUGGGCCGUGCGCCCUGGGGGCAGGAGGGGACCGAGGAGCCGCCGCUGGACCGCACUGAGAGGGCUGAAGAAAAGCGUGAGACGUACAGCCCCCUUCAGGGCGAGGAGCCCCCUGCUUCCCGGUGCUUCCGCUGCUGUGACCCUGGCACUCCCGUGUACCAGGCCAUCCCGGUGCCACAGAUCAACAUCACCAUACUGAAAGGUGAGAAGGGCGACCGCGGCGACCGGGGCCUGCAGGGCAAGUACGGCAAAACAGGCUCGGCAGGCGCCAGGGGCCACACGGGACCCAAGGGGCAAAAGGGGUCCAUGGGGGCCCCCGGGGACCGGUGCAAGAACCACUACGCCGCCUUCUCGGUGGGCCGGAAGAAGCCGCUGCACAGCAACGACUACUACCAGACGGUGAUCUUCGACACGGAGUUCGUGAACCUCUACGGCCACUUCAACAUGUUCACCGGGAAGUUCUACUGCUACGUGCCCGGCGUCUACUUCUUCAGCCUCAACGUGCACACCUGGAACCAGAAGGAGACGUACCUGCACAUCAUGAAGAACGCGGAGGAGGUGGUGAUCCUGUACGCGCAGGUGAGCGACCGCAGCAUCAUGCAGAGCCAGAGCCUGAUGCUGGAGCUGCGGGACCAGGACGAGGUGUGGGUGCGCCUCUUCAAGGGCGAGCGCGAGAACGCCAUCUUCAGCGACGAGUUCGACACCUACAUCACCUUCAGCGGCUACCUGGUCAAGCCCGCCACCGAGCCCUAGCCGCCCGCGCCCUCCUGCCCCGCCGCCUCCCCCCCGCCCCCGCCCGCCUGGUGCCCCCCCGCGGUCCAGCACCUGCCAACCCUGGGCCGCCCCUGCCCCGGCCAGUCUUCCUGCCCCCCCCACAUCCCCAGCUUUGGCGUCGACACGACACCCUCGCAGGCGUGGGAGGCCACAUCGACCCUGUGGUCACCGGCCUCCCGUGACUGCAGAAGAACUCAGUCGGUGGGGCUCGCGGGAGCCCCUCUCUGUGUGCGUGUCCUUGAGUGACCCUUCACCCCGCAUGCGCCAGGGUGUCCCAGAAGAAACCACCCUUGCUCCUGUUGUGGAAUAUUCCAGAGGUUGUGAAGGGAGCGAAGUAAGCCACGGAAAAGAAGUGAGGCAUAUUGUUAUGUUUGCCUUUCCGCCAGCCCCACUGGCUCCAGGAGGGCUGCAGCCGCUCGAGGCUGCAGGAGACUCCUUGGAAGAGAAGCUCUAAAGUGGAUGCCGAAGGUGACAGGGGAAGGGGGCCGGGGUGGCGUGGGGGAGGGGACCAGGAAAUCACAUCUGGCUUAAUAUUUCAGGCCAUGGAUGAACCUUCUGGGGGGACGGCUGGCUGACAUCCAUGUCCUGGGGACAUCCCCAUGGCCUUGAACGAGGGCUCAGCCAGUCUUUUGAGCCACGACAGUGAGGGGGUUUGGGCUGGGCAGCAAGUGUCACUCCCCAGAGGGACAGCCAAGCCCUCGGCUGUGGUCUCUGGGUUGGGAGAAGCACCCUGCUUGAUGGAACCUUGAGGCUCCUGGCAGCAGCUGGGGACCCCAGGGGCCCCAGACCUAAGGCAGUUCUGUGAGGAGCAAAGCUCAGUCCAGCCAAGCAGAGGCGUGCCUCCUGGCAAGGCCCUGGUCCUGCCCCCCCUUGGCCCUGGUCCUGCCCACCCCGAUGGCCCUGCUCCUGCCCCCCAUGGUGCUGCUUCAUUCCCUUCGUGUCCUGGGCAGGGGCUCCCCACCUGUCACCCUGGCCCUGGCUUUCUGUCCCUCCUCGCAGGCGGAUCAGCCGUGGAAGGCACCAGUGCCUCUGAUUUGUAGCAGUGUCAUGGUUGUAGAACGUUUUCUAGAAAACCUGGCACACCAUCUCAGAGUUACACUUCCCAGAGGGAAGGCCCCCAGUACCCCUACGCCGGGGGCCUCUCUGACAGGCAGCCUCAGACGAUGCAGGAGGGGCCUUUCCAGAGCAGGGGAGGGCUGGAAGGGCCCCCCCCGCCUGUCCCUGGAGCUCCAGUGUGGCUCAGCCUCCGCGAGAGGAGAGAGGGCGUGUUGUAACCACUGAGGUCAGAAGCCCCACUCUGAGGGGGCCAUGGGGCACCCGGAGCGGGGCGCUGCCUGGACCGGUGCUCUGGCCUGGCGGCCCUUCCCCACCUCUCUCUGCUGACGCCCAGGGCCCUCAGCCCUGCAGAAGGCUCCCUUCCCGCUGGUCAGACCUGUGAGCCCUGGUCUUGACCGAGCCCUCCGCCUGCUCUGGGCCUGGUCACGGGGUCUGGAGUCUGCACAUCCCUUACUCUGAAGGACUUCUGCUGGUCAGACUUUACAAACUGUGUUUCCGAGGGUGAGCUGGUGAGCAGGGCGCCCACCGCUGCUUUGUGCUGCCCCCACGCUUUUUCAGAAAACAUUAAACUUGGACUUGUGUGUUUCAGCA